AUGGCAGAUCCAUAUGAUGCAGCAAAUGUUCCAAAUGAUCCACUUCGUUCGUCCGGUGAUGACAAUUAUCAGAAUUUGGGCGGUCUUCCCUACGUGAAUAUGGAUCCGAAUGCUCCACCGGGAGGAAAUUUUGGAGCAGUUGCACCGCCACCGCCGCCUCCAGGACAACCACAAUUUCAACAGCAACAACAGAUUCCCCCACUUCAUCAGACAACUCCAACGGAUAACGGAGUAGACAGUGGUAAACCACCAGUUGGAGAAAUGGUUGGAGACGGAGUUCAGGAAUUGCCAGAUUCUGAUCCAUCGGAAUCUAAGAAACAUCGAAUUGACAAACCAAAAGUGAAGAAAUUGAAGAAGAAGAUUAAACGCGUCAAAAUAAUUUAUUGGGCAAUGAUUGUCGUGUGGACCCUUUUCUUGAUUCUCUUCGUUCUUAUCCAUCUCAAUCAAUUCGGAAUUCACAUGUUGCCGUUUUUGCAAAAAGAAUAG